AUGGAAAACUAUGUCGAUUGUGGCGCCACUCUCCCUUCGCCUGUCCCUCUCCCACGAUUGCCUAUUGUUGAAGAAACUCUGUCGCGUCCUAGUUCGCCUUUGGAUGACGCAGGGGGCUCAAAUAUGUGGGAAUCACCUUCACCAAUUCUUGCGCGGGAUAAUCUACCUUCAAAGAUGAUCAGUCUGAUCAACACGUCGAUUCUGGAUAUGGCGGAGGGUCUGUCCAUCGAUUUUGGACUUGAGACUCCACCACUCACGCCUCAAAGAGAUUUAGCUCUAGACAUUCUCAAAGAUCAGGCUAAGUACUGCAAGGAGAAGAGAUCCCGGCACGAGCUCAAUGUUUUCCGGGGUGACUCCAUGAAGGAUGAAACCAAUGACCAUAUGACUCCCAUCAGCAAUCAUUUCGUCAGCAAUGGGUCAAAUCUUGGAACCAGGUCGAAGGAAAGAAACCCCGACCUAGGCCCAUAUUAUGAGCCUCUGCAGCUGCUCUCGCCCCCACUGACCAUAACACCCGAGGCUCCAAAAAAGACAGUGAAAGACACAGAUAUGAACGACCGCUUGGUUCCGUCUCCCUUACGAAUUCGGAAAAAGGCAGGCAAAAUCGCUAUCGAUGAGAGCACGCCACCAAUGGAGGUAUCUCAUGACGAAAACACUCUCAUGACACCCCGGAAUUCUUCUCGCUUCCGCCCUCCUCGUCUGCCACUGCGGGUCAUGUCAGCCUCAGAAGCAAACCGGGGUCUGAGCAGCGACCAAAACAGUCUCAUGUCCGAUUCGGCCCUUUCCACUGCUAUCGAAUUAUCUGCAGCCCUGUCUCCAUUGUCUAUCAAAGGACGCCUUUCUUCUCGAGGCUCGGUGAAAAAGCCGGCAGUGCAAAACGUCACCUCUCAAAUCUCACCAGCCGACGCAGCGAGAAUCGUUCGCUCAAACCAAGGCAUCGCAUUUCUCCGCGAAACAGUCUUUCAGUGUGUAGCCGAUAUCCAAUUAUAUGUCGAAGGUGUCAAACAGUUACAGCGGCAGCGGCAGCACCGCCCACGACCUAUUCAACGCGGCACCUCGUUCUGGAAUUUCAAUGGCUUUUUUAAGGGUGCUGACGCGGAAGAGCGAAGCCCAGAGCCGGAGUACACACUAGGCGCAUUGGGCGAGAUCAUUCGCAAAGAAACCAAGGAGCAGCGAAUUGCCAGACUUCGUGCCGAGGAUGGAACACUGUUGGAUUGCGUUCACCACACAGUACUUUCAAGGGAGUUGCUUACUAUCAGGAGUUCUGCAAUAUGGUGUUGA